AGGACAAAACCAGAGGCACCUCAGGCUCCAGGGUAGGGGCUGGGUAAAGGUGGGGGCAGGGAGGGCUAAAUCUGGCCUGCCAAUGAGUGGCAGUAGCAGCUGCGGCCCCACCCGGCUCUGCCCCCUGGCACGGUCCCUCCCCUUGGUUCUUUGGCUGAGGCCUGUCCGACCGGUUUGGGCUGUCCUGGAGCAGCUGCAGCGGGUGGCGGCUGUGUCCCGGAGAGCUCCGACAGCCCGGGCGCCGUCAGGGCUGCACCGCAGGAAUGGGGAAGGAUUCGCAGCAUUACUACGGGAAGCACGGGACGCCUCAGAAAUAUGACCCCACCUUUAAAGGACCCAUUUACAACAGGGGAUGCACGGAUAUCAUUUGCUGUGUGUUGCUCUUCCUGGCCAUCGUAGGCUACGUGGCUGUGGGCAUCAUAGCCUGGACCCAUGGAGACCCUCGGAAGGUGAUCUACCCCACUGAUAGCCGGGGCGAGUUCUGUGGGCAAAAGGGAACAAAAAAUGCGGACAAACCAUUCUUGUUUUACUUCAACAUCGUGAAGUGUGCCAGCCCCCUGGUCCUGCUGGAAUUUCACUGUCCCACCCCUCAGAUCUGCGUGAAGCAGUGUCCAGACCGCUAUCUCACCUUUCUGAGUGCGCGCAACUCUCGCGACUUUGACUACUACAAGCAGUUCUGUGUGCCCGGCUUCAAGAACAAUAAAGGGGUAGCUGAGGUGCUCAGAGAUGGGGAGUGCCCAGCGGUUAUCAUCCCCAGCAAACCCUUGGCCCAGCGGUGCUUCCCGGCCAUCCAUGCCAGCAAAGGGGUCCUCAUGGUGGGCAAUGAGACGACCUAUGAGGACGGACACGGCACCAGGAAGAAUGUUACAGAUCUAGUGGAGGGUGCCAAAAAGGCCAACAAGGUUCUAGAGGCCCGGCAGCUCGCCAUGCAGAUUUUUGAAGAUUACACUGUAUCCUGGUACUGGAUUGUCAUAGGUCUGGUCAUCGCCAUGCUGCUGAGCCUCAUGUUCAUUGUCCUGCUGCGAUUCCUGGCAGGCGUCAUGGUCUGGGUGAUGAUCGUCAUGGUGAUUCUGGUACUUGGCUAUGGCAUAUUCCACUGCUACGCGGAGUACUCGAGACUCCGUGGAGAGGCAGGCUCCGACGUCUCCCUGGUGGACCUUGGCUUCCAGACGGACCUCCGAGUGUACCUGCACUUGAGGCAGACUUGGAUGGCUUUCAUGAUCAUUUUAAGCAUCCUGGAAGUGGUCAUCAUCCUGUUACUCAUCUUUCUGCGCAAAAGGAUCUUGAUCGCCAUAGCCCUCAUCAAAGAAGCCAGCAGGGCUGUGGGACAUGUCAUGUGCUCCAUGCUCUACCCACUGGUGACUUUCUUCCUCUUGUGUCUCUGCAUUGCCUACUGGGCCAGCACUUCUGUCUUCCUGUCUACCUCUAAUGUAGCCGUGUACAAGAUUGUUGAUGACACGCCCUGCCCACUUUUGGGGAAAACCUGCAACCCAGAGACCUUCCCAUUGAAUGAGAGCCGCCAGUGUCCUAAUGGCCGCUGUCAGUUUGCCUUCUAUGGCGGCGAGUCGACCUACCACCGUGCCCUGCUGGGCCUGCAGAUCUUCAAUGCAUUCAUGUUCUUCUGGCUAGCCAACUUCGUGCUAGCCCUGGGCCAGGUGACACUGGCUGGAGCCUUUGCCUCCUAUUACUGGGCUAUGCGAAAGCCCGAUGACAUGCCUGCCUUCCCCCUCUUCUCUGCUUUUGGCCGCGCACUCAGGUACCACACGGGCUCCUUGGCUUUUGGCUCUCUUAUCCUAGCCAUCGUGCAGAUCAUCCGAGUGAUGCUGGAGUACCUGGAUCAGCGCCUGAAAGCUGCACAGAACAAGUUUGCCAAGUUCCUCAUGGUCUGUCUCAAGUGCUGCUUCUGGUGCCUAGAGAAGUUUAUCAAAUUCCUGAAUAGGAAUGCCUACAUCAUGAUUGCUAUCUAUGGCACCAACUUCUGCACCUCAGCCAGGAACGCCUUCUUCCUGCUUAUGAGAAAUAUCAUCAGGGUGGCCGUCCUGGACAAAGUUACAGACUUCCUCUUCCUGUUGGGCAAACUUCUGAUUGUGGGUAGCGUGGGCAUCCUGGCCUUCUUCUUCUUCACCCAUCGGAUCAGAAUUGUGCAAGACACGGCCCCACCUCUCAAUUAUUAUUGGGUCCCCAUACUGACAGUGAUCAUUGGCUCCUACUUGAUCGCGCACGGCUUCUUCAGCGUCUAUGGCAUGUGCGUGGACACACUGUUCCUCUGUUUCUGUGAGGACCUUGAGAGGAAUGACGGCUCUCAGGAGCGACCCUACUUCAUGUCGCCCGAGCUGAAAGACAUCCUAUUGAAGGGGAGUUCGCAGGCGGGCAAGCAGGAGGAAGUUGAGGAGGAGUAGAGAGUGAGGGAGACUGGCAAGCUGGCCAGUGGGCCUCUGGAGACCGGGUUUGUGCAUGUGAUGGUGCUUCUUUGACUGGGAACGUGGGGCUCCUGUAGUCCUUCCUCAUCCCUUUCUUUUGCAAAACUAGGCAGUCAUCCUAUCCCGGAGCCGAAAGCCCAUCCAUCCUCUCACUGGGGCGUUUAGUCGGAGACUCAGCCGCUGAGCCACGCCCCCAGUCUCUUGGAGGGUGGGGGGACUAGGCAGGGGCUCAGCCCCUGAGCCACGCUCUCAGCCCCUCUCUGGGUAAUGUUAGGCCGUAGCUGUCCCCAGCCCCUCGCUGGGGGAUGCUAGGCAAGUGUUCUGCCACUAAACUAAGCCCUGGCCUUGUUAACUUUGUAGUUUGAGACAAUGUCUCACUCGGUUGCCCAGGCUGGCCUUGACCUUAAGGUAGUGAAAGCAGGCCUUGAGGCUGGCGUUGUUCUGUUUCGGCUUCUUAAAUACCUUGGGUAACAGACCUUUGCUGCUACGCCCUGUGCUCCUGUGUGUUGCGUUCUAACCCUGAGGCUUCUCUACGGCCCUCUGUUCCCCUGUUCCCCGUCCCCAACCCCCACGCCUUCCUGUCAACUCCCUCUCACAUCACGUGCUUUGGGGCUCUGUCCACAGUGGAGGAUCUGGAGAGAAACGACGGCUCAGCCGAGAGGCCUUACUUCAUGUCUUCCACUCUCAAGAAACUCCUGAAUAAAACCAACAAGAAAGUAGCAGAAUCCUAAAGAUGCCUGCCGCCCAGCCCUCUCAGGACGCUGUGAUCCGGUGCUUGCUGUGCAGCUGGGUCCCAGUUCCCAGCUCAUCAGACUUGUGUAACGUCACAUCACUGCCUCUCUGCCACCCUCCCCGAGUCCCCAUUUCCAGGGACCCAGAGGAAUUGGGGCAUCUCUGUCCUAUGCCAAAGGGCACUUGGGAGUUUUCGGUGCAGCCCUGGGAAAUGGGACAGAAUGGGUCUCUCCAAUCCUUGCUGGCUCAGACGGUGCCAAUAUGGCGAAGCGACUUGAAGUUGAGGAUGGGAGAUGGCCCGAGGAUGUGUGCAGCCAACUUCUUUGUAUUUCGGUAACCCUUCUGGCCAAGAGGGGAAGACUGGAUGAGACGAGCUCAAUGAACACUAGCUCCAAGCUUCCUAGCCAGAAUAAAACUGGAUCUCCACGACUGGCUGAUGUCGCCUAAGGGCCAACAAAUAACAUGUCUCACUCUUAGUCCUUUGCAGCCUAGACAGACGGUAAGAGGCCCACCUGCUUCUCUUCCACCAGGCUCCAUAGCUGAGUGGAGUCACCAAGAGUGCCUUCACAUGUAACCCCACCUCCAGCCUGGGGUGGCUGGGGUCACAGGAAGGAGUGUGUACCCAGAACUGGAGGAGUUUUCCAGAUAAACAUCCAUCCGGGAGGAGGGCCCUGUGCAAGGAACGAGAGCGGUGGUGGGGGUUGGGAGUGGCUCUGGAAAACAGGCUUCUGUACUUAGAUCCUACAGAGUACCUUUGACUGAUGGCUUCCAAACGGAAAACUUGAGGUUGGAAAAUGAGUGAAAAUAGGGUCUGCCUCCCCACCCCUCUCUCUUCCAGUAAUACACACUGCCCUCUUUGUGAGAGGAAAGAAACUGAAGUUCACCCAAGGGAUGGUUUCAGGGGAUGAGGUGUGGGUGUGUUGUGUAUUCCAAGUUAACUAGGCCUAUCUGGUUUCUUUCACUUGAAACUAGAGACUCUGUUUGCCAAACUUCUUAAUCUUGGGGGCCAGUAGACUGGUUCCUCACUUUACCUAUCAUAUGCUAAGACCCUCCCCUCACCCCACUAUGGCUAUCCGUGAGAUACCAGGAUGUUGGAAACCAGAGGCUCCCAGCCUGGAGGCCCAGGCUUUCCUAUGCCUGCCUGUGUGCCAUCGCGCCCCACCCUUCUCUUGUAUGCCCUGCCCUGUGCUUACGUAAUUGCAUUCCAGCCAGUUAAUAAAGUGCCUCUUGUACAGAUA